UAAUGAAAGGCAAUGGAGAUAAGCUGCAGGUAGGCAAAGGAGCAAGAUAUCUGCUGGAUGAAGUUCAAAGUCAUGACCAGGGGAGGACUGACAACUCAUGGGGCCCCCGGGCAAUAGGGGAUCAUGGGGCCCCUGUGUCCUUGCCCAAACUCAAAAAAGCCUAUGAAAUAGGUACCAGGGGCAUCUCAUGGGGCCCCCUACUGACCCCGGGCCCUCGGGCAGUGCCCAAGUUUCCAAAUGGUCAGUCCGCCCCUGGCUGC